UGAAGAUGAAAUUAAAAAGCGAAGAAUCGGAAGCUGAAAGAGGAAUGCAACGGAGAACAGAAGGAAGAAAUGGGCGAGAGACACGGGAAAAGAUGAGGGAGAGCCAGAGAGAGAGAUGAGAGACAGGCGUCCUUGCUCCGGACUAGUCUGUAACUGUGCCCUCGUGAGCACGGGCGCCGUGGAGAACCGGUAAUGACGUGAAAGUGCAUCCACGAGCGAGGAGGCAGGCGCGCGAGCAUGCAGGCAAAGCCACCGUUCUCCUAGCAGUCUCUCCUCGUCCAGGACAAUCCCCUGGAAUUGUGGCCGACCGCGGCUGGAGAAAUUGUCUGCCUCGACGAUCUAAGUGUUCGCCUGACCGAGGCGGCGAACGUCUCGACCGUUUCAGUCGCCUCCUUUCCUCGGUUGCGUUUUCGCACCUGCGUUUCAGACACGCGAGAACUUAGAUCGGUGAUAUAUCUUCGAGCAGUUGUCCGUGCAAAGUGAUUUCAGCGGAAAUUUAUGAGAAACGCAGUGCAUUUUUGGAUCUACUGGAAUUCCAUAAUUGCUACCGGGAGACGCUGGUAACUCCGAUAAUAUCGAAAGAUAAAACUACAGGAAAUGCAUCUUGUACCAAUAUCCAAGUUUGCAGUUCUCGGAUACCGGAAAUAGCCGCACAGCAAAAUAGUCGCUUCCGAGAAAACAUCCAGCAUCCAGAGACGAUCGUCGAUAAUACGCGCGUUCCCGAGAGAACAAGACGAAAAUGAUACUCGCGACUCCUCGAACCAGCCAAGUUCUGAAGGAGUGCUGACGAAGCCGCGAGUGCAAGUCGCAGGCAGAAAAAUGACCGUCGCGAUGGAGCACAAGCGGAAGAGUUCGUGGGACUCGAAGAUCUCGGUGAGUACAGUGAGUACUAGAAGAUUCAGUCGCGCUGGAACACCAAGCUCAAUUCUGUCGUCCGAUAGCGAUAUCCGCUUCACGAGAAAGCUCGGCGGCCAGUAUCGUUGCGGAUGCUGUGUCCUCGCAGCUUUCUUGUUCUUCCUGCUGUUCUCGGGUGUUUCCAUUUACCUCGGCUACACGUUUCUCACUUCGGACCCACCUGGUGAUCAAGUGUUUCUCGCCACAUUUCGAGUUAUCAAAGGUGAUUCCUUUACCGCCGAACUUGCUGAUCCUUCAACCGAGGCCUUUCGGAUACGGUCAAGGGAGUACCGCGAUCGUCUUAAUCUUAUCUUCCGUCGCAGCUGGCUGAAGUUACCGUUCCUUGCGGCAGAUGUUUUGGCACUCGAUGGAGUGGAGGGUCGCGAUUUGGUGGUGCACUUCGACGUGAGAUUCGAUCCGCGAUACCAGACUAUAACCACCGGGAAUAUCGUGGAUAUUCUUUCGCGAGAGCUGAAUUCCGAAACAUCGCGGUAUCUGACAAAUCUGACAAUAGAAGCAAAGAGUCUCGAGGUACAGGAGAGUCUUACGGCCCUUAAUGCGCAGUUCAGUUCGCAAUCGACCAUUUCGACGUUGCCGCCAACAACAACGGCUCCUCCGCCAAGAAGAUGCGGCAAGUUGGACUUGUCCUACUGCAAACAUCUCCCUUAUAACAUCACUUCGUACCCUAAUCUACUGGGACAUAAAUCGUUGGUCGACGUCGAGGAGGAUGUUAUCGCUUUUAGAGAACUAGUGGACGCGGAAUGCUACUCGUUGGCCUACGAUUUCGUCUGCCAGGUGUUGCAGCCUGCGUGUCGGUCGAGUCAACCGGAAGAUCUGUUGCAAUUGCCUUGCAGAAGUUUCUGCAGGGAGUUCUGGCAAGGAUGUGGCAAUCGUCUUUCCGAGAAGAUAAAACGUGCCUUAGAUUGCUCCAAUUUUCCGGAAUACGUCGAUCCCGGUAGCUGUAGGCCAAAACCAGGAUGCGUGCAAGCGCUUCAAUCAAAAGCUCUGUCUCCGAGAAUAUGCGACGGCGUGAUCGAUUGUCCGGAUCUCUCGGACGAGAAGAAUUGCGCUUACUGUCGAGACGGUUACAUGCAUUGCGGAGUAGGAAGAACUUGCAUACCGCAUGCAAAGCGAUGUGACGGCAAGGCGGAUUGCCCGAACGGUAGCGAUGAGAAAGACUGUCUAUCUUUGGCGCCGAGUGUUCAGGCGUUCAAAUCACAAUCUUGGAGCACACCGCAUGUUGCUAAAUAUAACAAAGAGGGCUAUGUUGUGUUCAACGAGAAAGGUACCAUCGGCAAACUUUGCACGGCCAACUUAAACGCUACCUUACCGGAAACGGAAAUGGAUAAUGUUCUCCAAACAGCAGCGAGCUCAUUAUGCACUUUACUUACGUAUAGUGGCGUAGCUUCCGUUGAAGUGAGAAUUGAUGACGAAGAAGAUGUCCCGUACGUGUACAUGGAGGAUCCAUCAGCACCGGAAAUCACUUUUGUCAGAGCUCCUUGUCCGAGUAAAGAAGUUCUGUACGUCCGCUGCUCCGAUCUCGUAGAAUGUGGAGUACAACCUUUACGUACUAACGGUGGCAUUCAAGGCCUCAAUAAAAUGGCAGAACCUGGCGACUGGCCUUGGCAUGUUGCACUGUUCAAGGAAGGAGUUCAUGUUUGCGAUGCCACACUUGUGGCAGAUAAUUGGUUGCUUACAACAGCGUAUUGUUUUCAAGGUCAACCGAAAGCUGAAUGGUCUGCUAGACUUGGCGUCGUGCGCCUUUCAAGUACAUCACCGUGGCAACAAGAACGCAGAAUCGUUGGCAUGGUCAAAUCACCGGUGGAAGGCACGACUGUUCUCGUGAAGUUGGAUAGACCGGUAACGACCUUUUCGGACUUUGUGAGACCGGUUUGUCUGCCCUCCAGCGAGGACCCACCGAGCAACGCAUCGCACUGCAACACUCUCGGUUGGGCGAGAAACCGAGAUUUACUUCAAAGGGUACAGCUCAAACAUAGCGCGAUGGAGAAGUGCGAAAAUAUCAGCAUUCCCUCGGUAAACAGCGUUUGCACCGAGCAAGCAUAUUCCGCAGACGAUUGUAAUGAGGAAGAACUUGCUGGCAGUCCAAUGCUGUGUCUUCAAGCAGAUGGUCGAAAAUGGAUGCUGAUGGGUAUCGGCAGUUGGAGGAUAGCUUGCUCUAAAGCCGGCAUGGAGAGACCUCGAAUGUACGACAAAAUUUCGUCGCAUAUUGACUGGAUCAAAUCUACUAUUGGUUGAAAACUUUCGUCGAAUUCAACAUCCGAGACAGACAUCGUACCGCUGAUAAACAAGAUAUUCUUGAAGAAUAUAUAAUAAAAACUAGAUGGAAAAAAUGUAUAUCCCUAUUAUAUUUCACAACUGCAACCGAUAUCUGAAUUGUGAUUACUAUCGUGCGAUGUGUUUGAUAAAAUGAUAGACUUAAUCUGUUUUGUAGGAGAAAAGUACACAUGUUGCGUCUGCAUUACAUAAUUUUGUCAGGCGUGACAAGCACAUGUGCCCUGCUAUCGAUAAAAGUGCAAUUCCGUUCUUUUUGUAAAUAUAAGUAUCUUCUUAAUUUAGAAGAGUCCUUCUCGUUACCGUGGCAUAAUUUUUAACUUAUUUCCCUCAUUCUCUACAGUUACUUUACUAUACGUACAUGUAGUUUAUUUGUACUUUUAUUUUUAAGUCACACCAUUAUUUUAAUAUUUAGAUUAACGUAUGUACGUUAUUGUAAAAUUAUU